ACUUGGAGGAUUGUUUUUGCAAUUUUACACAAUCUGCCACCGUAUGCUCUGCUAUUACAUCAACCACGUUCUGAUGAACACAUAUUCGUCUCUCUUACUUCAACAAUCAAUUGAUGUUUCUUCAAUCUAUGGCUUGAGCGCUACUGCAUUGACUUCAACAUCUCUUCGCAACUUCAAAUCAACAUCUUUUUCAGGAGUCGAAACUUGAAACCCUAGUAUCUGUUCGAAGUUAGAUCCUUUUUAUGUGUUUGGAUUUGCUUGAUACCGUUAUGUUUAUGUGUUUCCUGUUUAUAAAUUGCUCAAUUGUGUGUUGUAUUUCUGCUGAUUUGAUUGUUAUGUUUAUGUGUUUCCUGUUUAAAAAAUUGCUCAAUCUGUUUCAAAAGGAGUCGAAACUUGAAACCCUAGUAUCUGUUCGAAGUUGAUUGUUUCAUGCAAAAAAUCCCUCGUCUUGAGAAGAAGAUCUAGCUGCGACUCACCAUGAACGAUCUUUUAUCUGAAUCAUUUGAGAAUCCUCGGGGUCAAGAUUAUGGCCAUGGUGAUCUUGAAAUGGGAACACAAAAUAACUCGAAUUCUGCAGAGUUAGGGUUGGAUGAUUUUUUCAAGAAGGUUCAAUCCAUCGAAAAACAAUAUGAAAAGCUGAAUAAAUUACUCAAAAAACUACAAGAUGCUCAUGAGGAAUCCAAGGCUGUAACCAAGGCUGCUGCUAUGAAAGCAAUCAAGCAACGUAUGGAGAAAGAUGUGGAUGAAGUUGGAAAGAUUGCGAGGUUUAUUAAAUCAAAAAUUGAGGAACUUGACAAAGAGAACUUGGCCAACAGACAAAAGCCUGGAUGUGGAAAAGGAACUGGAGUUGACCGGUCAAGAACAGCAACUACACUUUCUUUGAAGAAAAAGUUUAAAGACAAAAUGUCUGAAUUUCAGGCUCUAAGGGAAAGUAUUCAUCAAGAACAUCGUGAGGUGGUUGAGAGGCGUGUGUAUACAGUAACGGGAACCAGGGCAGAUGAAGAGACAAUCGAUCAACUCAUAGAGACAGGAGAUAGUGAACAGAUUUUUCAGAAAGCAAUUCGGGAACAAGGGCGAGGACAGGUACUUGACACCCUUGCAGAGAUCCAAGAACGCCAUGAUGCAGUAAAAGAAGUAGAAAAGAAGCUUCUUGACUUGCAACAGAUAUUUAUGGAUAUGGCUGUAUUGGUGGAUGCUCAAGGGGAAAUGCUAGACAAUAUAGAGACACAGGUGUCAAGUGCAGUAGACCAUGUGCAAGAUGGAAACAAAGCCCUUUACAAAGCAAAGAGUCUACAAAAGAAUUCAAGGAAGUGGAUGUGCAUUGCUAUUUUGAUUUUACUCAUUAUUAUUGCAGUAGUUGUUGUUGGUGUGCUCAAGCCAUGGAAAACUGGCAAUGGUGGUGAAUUGAUUGCAUCCUUUGUUCAUCGUUUGGUUUCUGGCGACAGUGGAUUUUCAGAAACCAACUCACUCACUAACCCUUCCUUCCCCUUCAGGUGUAUCACCGAUUCGUACCCCUGUCAACACAUCCACCUUCUCCCUUUACCAGAGCCUGCAUUGCCCAUCCCCGUACUUGGCCUACAAUACCGAUAUUGCAACCCACUUCUGCCUCCAUAUUUUUUUUCAAAAUCUUUCAAGCCAGGUUUCAUCAUCUACUACAAUAUCUCAGUUGAAUUGAUUAUGGCUGAACAAACUUCAUCUGAAUCGAAAGAUGAUAUUGAAGAAAUUGCCCCCUUUGAUCCCACAAAGAAAAAGAAGAAGAAAAAGGUUGUAAUCCAAGAUAUUGCAGAGGAUGAUCGCUUAUCUGAGAAGAUAGAUAACCUAUCUCUUGCUGAUGGAGUAGAAAAUGCAUUUGUGGGUAUGAAAAAGAAGAAGAAAAAACCAGUGGGAAACGAUUUGACAAACGAUGGAGGUGCCCUUAUAGGGCAUGGUGGUGAGGAUGAAGAAGAUGCAAACAAUUCACGGCAAAAAUAUCCAUGGGAAGGAACCGACCGAGAUUAUUUAUAUGAGGAGCUUUUAAGUAGAGUUUUUCAUAUUUUGCGAGAGAACAACCCUGAACUCGCUGGAGAUAGACGAAGGACAGUGAUAAGACCCCCACAAGUUCUUCGAGAAGGCACAAAAAAGACCAUUUUUGUUAACUUUAUGGAUCUAUGCCGAACACAGCCGGAUCAUGUGAUGACUUUCCUUCUGGCUGAAAUGGGAACAAGUGGUUCCCUUGAUGGUCAACAGAGAUUGGUGGUCAAAGGUCGAUUUGCUCCCAAGAAUUUUGAAGGAAUCCUUCGAAGAUACAUAAACGAAUAUGUGAUAUGCAAUGGCUGCAGAAGCCCGGAUACAAUUCUUUCAAAGGAGAAUCGUCUCUUCUUCCUAAGAUGUGAACAGUGUGGUUCUGGGAGGUCAGUCGCCCCCAUCAAGACUGGUUUUGUUGCACGAGUCGGCCGUAGGAAAGCUGGCUCUUAGUUCAAGUAAACAACUCCACAAUAAAAAUGUAACAAAUAAAGGAUUUAUAAAAUCUCUUAUAAGUAUUAUUUCAUUUCAUUAAUUUGAUAAUGAAUU